AUGAGGGCAAUUGUCCUAUUAAUUGGCCUUAUCGCUUAUCUAGCACUAGCUGAAGACUAUUACGAACUACUUGGUGUCGAUCGAGAUGCCGAUGAUCGAACGAUUCGAAAGGCAUUCAAAAAGUUGGCAAUUAAAAAACAUCCGGAUAGGAAUACGGACAAUCCAGGUGCCCAUGAUGAAUUUGUGAAGAUCAACAAAGCCUACGAAGUACUGAAAGAUGAGAAUUUGAGAAAAAAAUACGAUCAAUUUGGAGAAAAAGGGUUGGAAGACGGGUUUCAAGGAGGCAAUAAUUAUCAGAGUUGGCAAUUUUAUAAUGAUAAUUUUGGAAUUUACGAUGAGGAUCAGGAAAUUGUGACUCUCAAUAGGGCGGACUUUCAACGAAUGGUUUCUGAUUCGAAUGAGAUUUGGUUUAUCAAUUUCUACUCGACUUAUUGCUCACAUUGCCAUCAGCUAGCUCCUACAUGGCGCAAAUUCGCUCGUGAAAUCGAGGGAACCAUUCGAGUGGGUGCUGUGAACUGCGCCGAAGAUCCUCAACUGUGUCAAUCUCAACGAGUCAACGCCUAUCCGUCCCUAGUUUUUUAUCCAACCGGCGAAUUCUAUCAAGGGCAUCGUGACGUCGAACUUAUGGUCGAUUUUGUGAUUCAGCGGCUGAAAUCUGAAGUUUUACACUUGAAUUCUGAGAAUUGGAAGGCUUUGAGCGAAGAUUGGGAACCCUACAAUCGACUUCCAUGGAUUGUAGACAUGUGUGGAGGAGAUAAUAUUGAGUGUUUGAGCUCUACGACAAGACGAAAACUCUCCUCAAUGCUGGAUGGACUUGCCAACGUGGCAACAAUUGACUGUCACUCUGAAGAAGAGCUCUGUUCGAAAUUCGAUCAUUCUAGUGGUGUCAUGUGGUUCCCAGCAAGAAAAUUAGAGAAAAAAAGCCAAAUAAAUAUUGAAAGUAUGGAUGCACAGGAGAUCACAAAGCAUGUCAUUGAGUAUUUGGAAGAGCUUCCAUGGAUUGAGGCAGACAGCCUUCAGCGUUUUCUGGAGGGGAACGAUCCGGAUGAGGCGAUUGCAGUUUGGAUGUUGGCCAAUGAGGUUCAGGCGACGCAGAAAAAAGAUUUCCGACGACUUCCCGCUCUAAUUGACAACCAAAUUUUCUCAUUUGAUUGCUCAAAAUCAGAAAUCUGUGAUGAUUUGGUUGAUAAGACCAAAUUACCCCAAUUUAUAGUUUUCAAACCAACUGGAGGUUAUGAAAUCGACUACGCAGGUGCUAAGGACUUCCAUUCUGCUAGUAUUUUCAUUCGAGAAGCUUCGAAAUCCCAUAUCCACGUCUUAAAUCGAGAUUCUUAUGAGUACGCAAUCAGUGGCGGUGAAUUCUAUAUUAUCGACUAUUUUGCACCGUGGUGCCCACCUUGCCUAAAACUGCUCGGCGAGUACCGUCGCUUCCACACCGCCACCUCCGAAGACAGUAUCCUUCAUACUGUAGCUAUUGGAUCCCUAGACUGCGUGAAAUUCAAAGAUCUAUGUCAAACGGCAGGCGUGGGAAGUUAUCCAACCUCAAUUGUCUAUACACCAGACGGAAAACAGCACAAAUUGGUUGGAUUUCAUAAUUUGGAUUAUAUUCUGGAGUUCCUGGACAAUGCCAUGAAUCCGUCUGUCCUAGAGAUGAGCCCUGAGCAAUUUGAAGAGCUGGUAAUCAAUAGAAAAGACGAGGAGACUUGGUUGGUGGACUUCUUUGCUCCCUGGUGUGGACCAUGCCAACAAUUGGCUCCGGAACUUCAAAAAGCGGCGAGAGUCAUUAAAAAUUAUGACGAGAAUGCGUUUGUGGCAUCUGUUGACUGCCAGAAAUACGCACAGUUUUGUAAGGAGACCCAAAUUAAUAGCUAUCCAACUGUGAGAAUGUUCCCGGCCAAGAAGACCAAGCAACCAAGGAGAGCCGCUUUUUACGACUACCCGAAUCACAUGUGGCGCAAUGCGGAUUCGAUUCACAGAUGGGUCUAUAACUUCCUUCCCACCGAAGUGGUCACUUUGGGAAAUGAUUUCUCAUCUACCGUACUCGACUCUUCCGAACCAUGGAUAGUGGACUUUUUCGCCCCAUGGUGCGGCCAUUGUAUUCAAUUCGCCCCCAUUUAUGAUCAAAUCGCCAAGGAGUUGGCUGGAAAAGUGAACUUCGCCAAAGUGGACUGUGAUCAGUGGCCAGGAGUGUGUCAGGGGGCUCAAGUAAGAGCCUAUCCCACCAUAAGACUGUACACUGGCAAAACCGGAUGGUCCAGACAGGAUUCGCAGGGUUACGGUAUCGGAACACAGCAUAAGGAGCAGUUUAUACAGAUUGUCAAGCAGCACUUGAAGCUUCAUGAUGAAUUGUGA